GAAGUUCGUCCUGUUGCUGCUGCUCCUGUGACACCGUCCGAGGGCUGGAUCAGGACGCAGCUUCACCUCAGCAUCAAACCGACAACUCUGACUUUGACAAACUUCUCCUCCACGUCCCAGACUUUGAACCACGUCCUUUCUCCUCUCUCUGCUGCAGCAUCUGCUCCGCAGCUCCGCCUGAACCUGAACCUGUACCUGCACCGAGGGAGACACAUUUAUGGAUGGAGGUGACUGAACUUUGAAUUUCCAACCCCUUUAAAACACCGGGACCAGCAGAGCGGGGGGGCGGCAUGCUGUGGAUGUGACUUCCAACUACAGAUUCUCUUGGCUGGAGCUGAAGGAAGAACAAUGAAAGACGACUUUGCUGAUGAAGAGGAGGUGCAGUCCUUUGGUUACAAGAGGUUUGGAAUCCAGGAGGGCACGGAGUGUACCAAGUGUAAGAAUGACUGGGCGCUGCGGGCGGCUAUCGCACUUCUCUACGUGCUGUGUGCACUGCUGACCAUCGCAGUGGCCGUCCUGGGAUACAAGGUGGUCCAGAAAAUGGACAACGUCACCGAGGGCAUGCAAAAUUAUGGAGGCAAGAUAAAUGCAGUGGAGACGGAUUUAAAGAAACUGGAUGAUCAGGCAGGAGAGACGUCUGUUAAUGCUACGAGUGAAAUCAAGACGUUCAAGUCAAAUUUACAAGUCCUACAGAACCAACUGAAUGACAUUGCCCUCAGGGCGUCCAGAAACAGGGACAUCCUGGACGAGCUCCAGUUCACUGGAGAGGACAUGCCCAGUGGUCACGUGACCCUGCGGAGCCUUUUGGAUGGGAAUGCCGCCUCUGUUCGUGGACUGAACCAGACCUUGGUCUCCUACAGUAGCGUCAUUGACAACCUCCAGACCGACACCGCACGGCUGCAGUCAGUCAUACAGGGUCAGAUCACGGAGCAGAGGCAGACCCAGGUCAACGUCAGCACGCUCAACAUCACCCAGUUCCAGCAACGCAGCCUGCUCAGCACACUGCAGAAAACAAUAGAAGACACAAGUCAAACAGUUCAGAAACUGAAAAAUGACUACCAGGGUCUGCAGCAGACGGCACGGCAGAACCGUGCCGACACAGACUGGUUAAAGGAAAAGGUCCAUAAUCUACAAGUUCUUGCAGCGAAUAACUCCGUCCUGGCUCGAUCCAAUGGGGACGCUCUGGACGACUUGGGGUCUCAGCUCAACACACUGGCCAGUCACAUCCAGAACACCUCGACUCUCAUUGAGGGGCAAGACCAGAACAUGAGGGAGUUGAUGGACCACCAACGGGACCACGACAAUACAACGUCAACCAAGUUCGACGAGUUGGAAACACGGCUGGACAGGCAGGAGAACGAGAUGGACGGUGUGACGGGAAAUGUCAGCUUCGCCACACAGAUCCUCGGCGCCAUCAGCACAGAUCUGAAUGGGCUGCGGUCGUGCGCGGAGACAGUGAUUCGUCACUCUGACCUGUUGCUGGGCCUGAACAUGAGCGUGACAGAGGCCAGGGCUGAGAGCAGCGAGCUGAGAGCCCAGCAGGACGAGCUGUCCUCCAGGUUAGACCGAGAGGUCAUCAACCUGUCCAUGGUGAUGGAGGAGAUGAAGGUGGUGGACAGCAAGCACUCGCAGCUCAUCACCAACUUCACCAUACUGCAGGGUCCACCAGGUCCAAAGGGCGCCAGGGGAGACAAAGGACCUCAAGGGCCUGUUGGCCAGACAGGGUCAAAAGGUGAUAAAGGAGACAAAGGGGUGCCAGGAGUGGCUGGACCUAAGGGGGAGAGAGGUCCUGCCGGACCACCAGGUGUGGCAGGUUCAAAGGGUGCAUCCGGACCUCGAGGCCUCCCUGGGUCUAAAGGAUCUAGAGGGUCUGUGGGCCGACCUGGAAACCCUGGAGAUAAGGGAGACCCUGGAGUUUCUGGCCCUCCAGGUAGAGAUGGACUACCAGGGCUGCCAGGACCGCAGGGUCUUCUAGGCCCCAGAGGAGCAGCAGGACCGGCAGGAUUGGAUGGACCUCCUGGUCCUGUUGGGCCUAUCGGCCCUCCUGGACCCCCAGGACUCCCAGGGAUCCCUGCACCUGUGCCUCCUGUAGUUGUAAAGCCGCCACAGCCAACUAAGGGCCCCAAACCCCUCAAACCAGCUGAACAUCCUAAACCUACAAGGGAGCCCCAAGAGUCUAUGUCCAAACAGGUCCAGACCCCCGUGGCCACAACUCCAGCUUCAGGUUGUCCACCUGAUUUCAAGAGGUUUGGAAACAGCUGCUACUAUUUCUCCACGCAGACAUGUAACUUUGACCAGGCCAACCUUUCCUGCACUAACAUGUUGUCUCAUAUGAUAAUCAUCAACAACCACGAAGAGCAGCAAUUUGUGAAAAACGCCACAGCUGGAAAAGGUUUCUUCUGGCUGGGCCUCACUGACAGAGAACAGGAAAAUACCUGGAAGUGGGUGGAUGGAAGUAGUCCUGUUUUCACGAGGUGGAAGCCUGGCCAGCCUGACAACUGGAACCACGGUCAUGCAGAUGGUGAGGACUGUGCCGGACUCAUCCAUAGCGCCUACUGGAACGAUUUCUACUGCACCGAACACAUUGGAUUCAUCUGUGAACGUGCAUCAGACAUUUCAGCUCCAGUUUUAUAGUAUCUAACAAAAACAGAGCCAGCUGACUUUGUUGGAAUAUGAUGAAGUUGAUGAAAGUGCCGAUGCUGGGACAAAGACGACAAAGACAGAUCUCUGAAGGAGCCCUGAUGAGGACUUUCUCCUGGAGUGGGACUUUAGGCCUGGCUUUGUGUCAACUGCACGGUGACUAGGACAGAGACAGAAGACACAGAGCAGAGCAGGCCAACCACUACGUUUAGUUUGUAUUUGUACCGCAGGAAAAACACGAGAAUGUAGUCAUUUGCACCAUUUAUUUUUGUUCAAAUAUUUUAAUUUUUUAAUUAAAAUGAUUUUGCAAAUCAAAAGUUUAAAUAAGAGCUGUGCAUCACUAGAAUAAUGUGAUCAGUGACUUUGUGUUGAGAUUUGAAAUCCAUUUUUUUUUUGUGAUCUAUUGGGCUGUAGACAGUUAGCAGUGUUGCCAAGCUCCGUGAAAUGCCUCGUGAGAGAGAGCCGGUGCUGGAUUGGUGGACUAGAGGAACAAACCUGAAAUAUAUUCAAGCUAUGAUAACUCUGUGGUGUAGAUCCUGUUGUACAGGGGCAUCUGUAAAUAUUCACAAAAGGUCUUUUCAUGGUUAUAUUUUUCUGUCAACAUCAUUUUCCUCAUUGGAAAUCUUUAUCUGAGAUUUGUUGUUAAUAGAUGUGAACUAUUUUUAUAAAAUCUGAGUUUCCACAGGAUGAGCAGCCGCUGCAGACUUGUGUAAACGUCCUCCUCCUCCUUUCUGAUGAUUAAUGCUCAGUGAGUGCAUUGCUGCUGUUUCAUCGAGGGUAAUAUUUACUAGAUUCUGCCAGAUUAAUACAUGAAGAAUACAUUAAGGAUUUCUUUUUAUGUUCAGCCAUUUCGUACAAUGCCAAAUAUAUAUACAUAUAUGGAAAAAAAUAUGCAGUUAUGGGACAUGUUUAGAUUUUGCAUAAUCACUUGUUAAAUGUUAAAAGCUUCUGGUCUGAGGAAGAGUGGGCUUAUUAUACCUACAUUAAAAACCCCUCAGCCCAGGUCAUUAAUGACAACACGGUUAUGAAUAAAUGUGUCUUGAGCCAAAA